AUGAUAGAGGUCACAGACAACCAUGGCACCAAGGACAUGAUAAACUUCCUGUCUGGUGGAGGAAACCGGACAGAUGUCACAGACAACCAUGGCACCAAGGACAUGACAAACCUCCUGUAUGAGGUCACAGACAACCAUGGCACCAAGGACAUGACAAACUUCCUGUCUGGUGGAGUAAACAGGACAGAUGUCACAGACAACCAUGGCACCCAGGACAUGAGAAAUUUCCAGUAUGGUGGAGGGAACUGGACAGAGGUCACAGACACCCAUGGCACCAGGGACGUGACAAACCUCCUGUAUGGUGAGGGGAAACCGGACAGAGGUCACAGACAACAAUGGCACCAGGGAAGUGACAAACCUCCUGGUAACAGAAGCCAGGCAGAGGUCACAGAUAACCAUGGCACCAGGGACGUGACAAACCUCCUGUAUGGUGGAGGGAAAUGGACAGAGGUCACAGACACCCAUGGCACCAGGGACGUGACAAACCUCCUGUACGGUGGAGGGAACUGGACAGAGGUCACAGACAACCAUGGCACCAGGGACGUGACAAACCUCCUGUUUGGUGGUGGGAACUGGACAGAGGUCACAGACACCCAUGGCACCAGGGACAUGACAAACCUCCUGUAUGGUGGGGGGAAACUGGACAAAGGUCAUGACCAUGACACAGGGGACAUGACAAACCUCCUGUAG